UGCAAUAAAGAAUGGAGGCAGGAUUUUGAAAGGGAAUUUGCAAUGAAUGUUUCUGAUUUUUAUGAUUUCCCUUUUCAUCCAAAAGUGCUUGAUUAUGUUUCUUUUUUGGCAUAUUGCCGAUUAGCUGAUAGACAAACACAAUGUUUUAUUGAAAGAUGUAAUGAUCAAAACGCCGAUCGUGUAUUUUCUCCAUCAAAUUUUCUUUGUACAUUUAAACGUCAACAUUUCCUUAGAGCCCGUCCCUGUUUAGAAGCAAGUGAACCAAUAGGAUUUUUACGUUGUGAUCGUAGCUGUCAACCUUCUAGUACGGAUAUUGAAGGAGUGGAUAAGCAACGACAUACAGAAUUGGGGAAAGUAUUUUCUGAGACAGAAUUGGAUGCUUACGAGAAAGAAUUAGAUAAACUCUGCUCUUUUCAAAAAUGUUUUGCUAAAUGUCAUGAAGAAAUUGUUGAGCAAAUUUGUACUCCAAGUCAAGCAACAAUCGCUACAGAAUUAAUGCAAACCUAUCUUAAAUGGCAUUCUGCUGAUUUACUUGAUUGGCAUUUAUUAACUGGAAACGAAAGAAUUUUGCCUCAAAGUUGUGCUUUAUUAAUUCAAUUAGAACAAAAAGAAAGACAACAAAAAAGUUUAAAAUUAAAAGAUUUGGAUGAAAUAAAUGAUCCUAUUCUAAUGGCUAUGAUGGCUGCUGCUUAA